AUGAGUAGAAUCGGUAAAGUUGGGCGUACUCCACGUGGUAGAGGAUACAGAAGUUUUCCAUAUCGAAGGGGAGGUCGUGGAGGAUUCAGACGUGGAUAUAGGGGUCGUGGUUACAGGCCUGCUGAAACGGCUGCUAUACCCAGUUCCAACUACACAAAAAACUCCAAGGAGGGGCAGAAGAAUGAAAAAGAGUCACUGAUUGUAGAUACAGAGAUUAAAAAGUUACUGAACAUGAAAGUUAUCAAAAAAGUAUCUCAUCAUCCUAACGAGUUUAUUUCUCCAAUUUUCCUUGUACCAAAAGCAAAUCCUGGUGAAUACAGAAUGAUAUUGAAUUUGAAAAAACUGAACCAAUACAUACCGUAUCAUCAUUUUAAAAUGGAUACGUUUGAAUCUAUUUUACGUUUAGUUUCUCCAGAUUGCUUCAUGGCAUCUGUAGAUCUUCAAGAUGCAUAUUAUUCUGUAUUCAUUGCGGAAGAAGACCAAGUGAAGUUGAGAUUUGAGCAUCGUGGUAUUUUAUAUCAAUACCAAGCUUUACCAAAUGGUAUUUCUUUUGCCCCUAGAUUAUUUACAAAGCUUAUGAAACCAAUAUAUGCGUCACUUCGUGUACGUGGAUACAAAAAUUCAGGGUAUAUAGAUGAUUCUUUUUUGUCUGGUAACACAUUUUUAGAAUGUGAGCAAAAUGUCAAAGACACGGUGAGCUUGAUGUCAGAUGUUGGUUUCAUGAUAAACAAAAAGAAAUCAGUUUUGAUUCCUACAAGAAAAAUCACCUUUCUUGGUAACGACAUAGACUCCGAAAAAAUGGUCGUUACUCUUCCACAGAAAAAAGUUUUCACACUUUUAGAAGAAUGCAAACAAUUACAUCGGAAAUCAAAAGUGUCUAUUCAAAAUGUAGCAAGAGUUCUUGGCCUUAUGGUUUCAAGCUUUUCUGCUGUUGAAUUUGGCCACCUGUUCUACCGAAAAAUAGAAAAAGAAAAAAUUCAAGCAUUGAAAAACUCGAAAGGUGAUUUUUCUUCGAAAAUGUAUGUCACAGAUGAAAUGAGAACUGAAUUGAAAUGGUGGAUAGACAAUCUGUCUUCCCAGGAAAGAGUUAUAGAUCAUGGUAAUGCAGAUUUAGUGAUUGUGACUGAUGCAUCAUCCUUUGGAUGGGCAGGAAUAUGUGAGAAUCAGGAAAUAGGUGGUAGAUGGACUACUGCAGAAGCAGGGCAUCAUAUCAAUUAUUUGGAACUAUUGGCAGCCAGUUUGUCAGUCAAAGCAUUCUGCAUGCAUAAGAAAAAUAUACAUGUGCAAGUACAGUUAGAUAACACAUGUGCAGUGUCCUACAUUAGGAACAUGGGUGGUUGUAGGUCUUUAGAAUGCAAUGAAUUAGUGCACAAACUGUGGGUUUGGUGUAUGGAGAGAUCAGUAUGGUUAUCUUCUACACAUAUUCCUGGAAAAGACAAUAUUUCUGAUCAUGGAUCAAGAAAUUUCAAUGAUAAUGUCGAAUGGAAGCUCAAUGAGCAAAUCUUUGACAAUGUUACAAGUAUCUGGGGCAAACCAGAAGUAGAUAUGUUUGCAUCAAGGUUAAACUGUCAGUUGCCAAAGUAUGUUUCAUGGAAACCUGAUGCUGAAGCAUUUUUUGUGGAUGCUUUCUCCUUAGACUGGUCUAAAAUGUUUAUAUACAUUUUCUGUCCUUUCAGUUUGGUGGCACGAGCUCUACAGAAGCUGAGACAAGACCAAGGAGACUGUAUUAUGAUAGUGCCACUUUGGCCCACACAGAAUUGGUGGAACGACCUCCUAGAACUGUUGAUAGACAUUCCGUACAUAAUACCAGUGACAUCCAAGGUACUUCAGAUUCCAUACACAGACAAAGUACAUCCACUGGCAAUCUUUCCAAGAUAG